GAACACUGAACGAACGGUGAACACUGUUUGUUUCAUCUUAACGGGGCAAGACCACGAGCGUCGGGUUGGACAAGUCUGAAUUCCCUUGCCAGAAGAUAACAAGUCUGAAUAAGAGUAAAACAGGGUGGAUGAAAGAGAUAAAAGUCCCAUUAAGUCACACGAGAAAAGGUUGUUACCGAAAAAGCUUGGGAAACCGUAGUCACAGAAGAGCGGUGUGUAGGUGUGGGCGAUGAUAGGCAUUCAGUGAAGCAGUGGUGUGGCUCUGCUGACCUGUAGUGCCUGUCCUGUAGAGCCAUGAAGAGUGUGUGGCUUCUCAAGUCCAGCGAGGGCAGUGAUGGCAGGUACAAAGACGCCCUGACUAAGGCUGGCUUCUCGGCAGUGGUGGUGCCAACGCUGUCCUUCCAGUGGUGUAAUGAGGCUCCUCUGAGGGAUGCUCUGCAGAGGCCACAGGACCACACUGGGAUCAUCUUCACCAGCCAGCGUGCAGUGGAGGCAGUGGCACAGAUUUAUGAAAAGCUAGCAGUAAGUAUCCAUGACCAAUGGAGUGACAAGAAGGUGUUUGUUAUUGGUGAGGCAACACAAAUGGCUGUGCAAACACUCCUGAAACUGCCAAGCAUCGGCCAGGAGUCUGGCAAUGCCAAACAGCUUGCCCCAAUCAUUAUCAGGGAGACAAAGCCAUUUGACAAGCCUCUGCUCUACCCGUGUGGGAACUUAGGGCGGGACGAACUACCAAGGCUGCUGGCACAACAGGACCGAGACUUCCGAGCCCUCACCACUUACCAGACGUCCUCGCACCCUGACCUCCGCCAAACUGUACAGAAGCUCACUAUGGCAGGUCAGAUGCCUGAUGUUGCAGUGUUUUUCAGUCCCUCAGGUGUUAAGUUUGCCCUUCCAGUGUUUGAAGAGCUCAAAGUAUCCACAACAGGUGUGAAAAUUGUUGCCAUUGGCCCCACCACCAACACAGCUCUAGUGGAGCACCACCAGUCAGUGUGGGGAGUGUGCCCAUUGCCAAGCCCCGAUGGCCUCACACGUGUGCUUGCUGCUCUCCAGUAGAUGCUGCAUAACAGGAAAUUACAUAAUUGGUACAUUUCUUUAUUGAAUCCAUGAACAUGCUAUUU